GAGUUCUUCUCGUGCGGAUCCCAACUUUUGAAUCACAUCGAGUAACGCGAGGUUAUACUGUUGAAUUUCAUCUUGCACCUGAAUAAUCUGUUGUUGACGUAUUUGAUGUUGUUCAACUUUUUUGUUAUCAAUGUUAGUUCCCUUUUUCUAUUCUUUUCUUUUCUCCAAAACUUUACUAUGUUCAACAGCUCCUUGCAAAUUUCGAUCGAUCACAGCCAUUUGUUCAAUAAUCUCUUCAGGGUAAUUAAGCUCUUCUGUUGUAGUUGCGGACUCGGCUACCAAGGCCAAGGCAUCAAAGUAUUUUUUUACUUGAUCAGAGUAAUCUGUGAUUUGCUCACAUACAUAUUCUCGUAAUGAAGACUCCAUAGUAUGUCUUAACUAGCUUACAAAAACAAAGAG